UAAACAUUUAAGAUAACAAAUUAGUCGAAUAUCAAACCGGCUGUUCGAUUACCAAACAUCAGUCGGUUUUCUUUUCAUUUUAUCUGUGCACACGUAAGACAUAAAGUACUCGUUGGUUUCUUGAAAUUAUUUCAACGCUUCGAGUAUCUAGGUUUUAUUAGAAAAAUUUGGGUGAUCGAAUUUGGAAGCGCAUAACAAUUCGAACUCGCCAUGGGUUGCCUACAAAUGUUCCUGUUGAGUGUUUUCCUGAUAGGAGCGAUCCUCAUUUAUCAAUACAACAAUUUAUGUGCUCCCGUUGAUCCUCCAACAUUAAAUUUAACCGCAUAUUGGGGGUCAGGAAACGGAAGCGACUAUAAAGAAAGCGAUGAAAUUCACCUCCAAAAAAUCAUUUACUUCGACAAGCCAGUUAAUCGUUUGAAGCAACAUUUAAAAGAUUUCGAUUUGAUAACCGAAUCAUUGGAAGGUGUUGGUUUUGAGUAUGGCAUUAACUCGAACAAACUAAAAUCAUUCAUUAAGUACUGGCGAGAUGAUUAUUUGCCAAGAUGGAAAUGGGACCGAGAACACACAUUGAAUUUAUUGCCGCAUUAUUUGACUGUAAUUCAAGGGUUAGCCAUUCAUUACAUUCACACCAAAGUAGAACUUGAUCGCGUUAAGGGAAGAGUUCCAAAACCUUUGCUACUACUUCAUGGAUGGCCAGGAUCGGUAAGGGAGUUUUACGAUAUUAUUCCCAUGUUAGCUGCACCUGAGGAAACCACUGAUGCCACGUCUCCCAUUUUUGAAGUGAUUGCCCCGAGUCUUCCCGGUUUCGCCUGGUCACAAGGUUCUUCGAAAACUGGAUUUGGAGUAGCUGAAAUGGCAGUGGUUUUAAGAAACCUUAUGCUUCGUCUUGGCUAUAAACGAUUUUAUAUUCAGGGAGGCGACUGGGGAUCCAUUCUUGGCAGUACAAUUGCGCAAUUGUUUCCAGAAAACGUAAUCGGUUAUCAUAGCAACAUGUGCGUGGUAAACACUCCACUCGCUACGAUCAAAGGCGUCAUUGCUAGCUUCUAUCCACCAUAUUUUGUUGAAAAAGAGCACGAGGAUUUCUUCUUUCCAUUGACAGAAAAACUGGAAAAUCUUGUAGUGGAAACUGGCUACUUUCAUUUACAGUCGACGAAGCCAGACACUAUAGGAAUUGCAUUGACAAAUAACCCAAUCGGAAUGGCAGCGUAUAUCCUCGAAAAAUUUGCAACAUGGACAUAUCCGCACAACAAAUCAUUACCUCAUGGUGGGCUUGACAAUCGGAAGGAUCUGUAUGACGCGUACAUUGAUAAUAUUAUGAUUUACUACCUCACCAAUUCCAUUACCACGUCGAUGAGACUUUAUGCGGAAUCAUUUACGCAACAACAGCUAGCAUAUAAUUUGGAAAGAGUGCCAACGGAUGUACCAGUCGGUUGUGCCAGAUUUAAGAAUGAUAUUGUCCAUCAAUUCGAUUGGCAAUUGAAAGAUAAGUAUCCCAAUCUUAUCCAUAGCACUUAUUAUGAAAAAGGAGGCCAUUUUAUUGCAUUAGAAGCUCCGGAAGUGUUGUACAAUGACUUUGUACAAUUUGUGAGAAAAGUUGAAAAAUUUAGCCAAUCGACUAAGUAAAUGUUGUGCAAUUCAU